AUGAAAGAUAUUUAUGAAUUGAUACAGUCGCCUCCUCUACAGCCACCAAGCCAAUCCUUCGGCUCUACAACUAGAGCUGAGCCAUUUAUAAGCAGACUAUCCCUAAUUCGAAAACGUAGUAUGAUUCAAGUGUUGUGUUGUAGUGAUGAAUUGUCUAAUAGUUGUAUUCAACUUGUCAAUUGA